AUGCUGCUGGAGGGAGGGGGCAAAGUAGAAAUGUUGCUGCCCUUGGAGCCUGGGACAAAACUUGCCCUGCAAGUGAGGGAGGGGCCGGGGGUGCAAGGACACCUAGAAGCAUCCAGGAGGAGAGGACAGAACACACCGUGGGCCUUCCUCUCUUUCAGCUUUUUAAUUGUCCUCUCUCCUCACACAGAUUAUUGUGUCUCCUAUGAAAUGUACAAGUGGCAGUGGCAUGGGCAUGGCCUGGCUACAUAG